AUGUCGUCCAAGAGAAAGGUUAGAGAGCCAAAGGAAGAGACUGUUACUCUUGGUCCUGCUGUUAAAGACGGGGAACAUGUUUUUGGUGUUGCUCGUAUAUUUGCUUCGUUUAACGAUACCUUCAUUCAUGUUACUGAUUUGUCUGGAAGAGAAACCCUUGUCCGCAUUACUGGUGGAAUGAAAGUUAAAGCUGACAGAGACGAGUCAUCUCCAUAUGCUGCUAUGCUUGCUGCACAAGAUGUAGCUACCAGAUGCAAGGAGUUGGGAAUAACUGCUCUUCAUAUCAAGCUUCGUGCAACCGGAGGAAACAAGACCAAAACACCAGGCCCUGGUGCUCAGGCUGCUCUUCGUGCCUUAGCUCGUUCAGGAAUGAAAAUUGGUCGCAUAGAGGAUGUGACCCCAAUUCCUUCAGACAGCACACGCAGAAAGAGUGGUAGAAGGGGUAGAAGGCUAUAG